AUGCUUCCGAGAGGCUCGUGUCGCGUCGAGGCGAGAGCAGCAGAGACGAGCCGAGCACCAGGGUCCUGCCCCUCCGCGGCCCUCCCCUCGCGCGCAUGUCCCCCGCAAGCCUGCGCCAGUGCAUCUCUGCUGUUCCGAGGUUCCUCAUGCGCGCCCCCUUCCCCCCCUUCCCCCACUCCUCCCCAUCCCCCCCACUUCUCCCCACUCCCAACCGUGCCUGGCAGGCCUGCGCCAGCACACCCAACGGCGCUCAAAACGCCAUCAUCCCCUUCCCCGCCCCCCCGCACCCACCCUCUCCCUUACCUACUUUCCGCGUCCCUCUCUCCCCCCAGCAUGCGCCGCCUGCGCCAGUGCAUUGCUCCGCGGGUGGCGUGCGGAUUCGCCUCCAGCAGUGACGAUGAGGGGGAGGGGGGCGACGCUGGGAACCCCAGGGGGCGCGGAAGGAGGGGGGGCGCGGGGGGGAAGGGGAAGGGGAGGCGCGGAGCACCCGGGGGGCAUGGUGGCGCGGGGGGGAGCUCCCGCCACCCGUCCCUGCGGAUUGGCCCGCCAAUGGACGUGCGCCAGGUGGCGUAUCCACACGAGCCUGCCACGUUGGACCCUCUAAAUGGCGGCCUGGGGGCCAUGGGGAUGGGGAUGGGGAUGGGGGGAGUGCAGGGGCAGCUGGUGACACUGGCACUGCCAAUAGUGAGCUACAGCAGCAAGAUAGCGGUGGGCGUGUUUGGCGAGGCACCGGAGGAUCUGCCGUGUUCGUACGACGACUAUGGCAACCUCGUGCCCAACGUGCUGCUGCAGCUGCAGGCGCUGCUCAUCCACAAGGGCGGGCUGCAGGUGAGAGGAGAGGAGAGAAGAGGGGUUGUGCUGCUGCUCGUGGGGGUGAAGGGUGUGGGGUUGGGGUCCCUCGCGCCCAACGUGCUGCUGUGGGGGUUGAUGGGUGUGGGGUUGAUGGGUGUGGGGUUGAUGGGUGUGGGGUUGAUGGGUGUGGGAUUGAUGGGUGUGGGGUUGAUGGGUGUGGGGUUGAUGGGUGUGGGGUUGAUGGGUGUGGGGUUGAUGGGUGUGGGGUUUGAUGGGUGUGGGGUUGAUGGGUGUGGGGUUGAUGGGUGUGGGGUGAUGGGUGUGGGGUUGAUGGGUGUGGGGUUGAUGGGUGUGGGGUUGAUGGGUGUGGGGUUGAUGGGUGUGGGGUUGAUGGGUGUGGGGUUGAUGGGUGUGGGGUUGAUGGGUGUGGGGUUGAUGGGUGUGGGGUUGAUGGGUGUGGGGUUGAUGGGUGUGGGGUUGAUGGGUGUGGGGUUGAUGGGUGUGGGGUUGAUGGGUGUGGGGUUGAUGGGUGUGGGGUUGAUGGGUGUGGGGUUGAUGGGUGUGGGGUUGAUGGGUGUGGGGUUGAUGGGUGUGGGGUUGAUGACGGAGGGCAUAUUCAUGGUGGGAGUGGAUGCGGGAGGAGGCAGCCAAUGCAGCAGAGGAAGGAACCCAUGCCUCGCACACCCACUCUCUCUUCCCUGCGUUUUUGUCGCUCCAUCCUCCCAAAUUGCUCUCUACGGCCCCCGUGGCAAACCACUCCCAUUCCGUCUUCAGAUGGAGGGCAUAUUCAGGGUGGGAGUGGACGCGGGCAGGGAGGAGGCCGCCAAGGCAGCUGUGAAUGCGGGGCAGAUCCCGCCCUCCACUGAUGUGCACUGCCUUGCAGCGCUUAUCAAGGUGAGGGGAGGCUCUUAUCAAGGCCUGGUUCCGGGAGCUCCCAGACGGCCUCUUGGACGCGCUGCCGCUCUCCCUGCUCGCCUCCGCAGCGGACCCACACAGGGCGAGGCCUGGUUCCGGGAGCUCCCAGACGGUCUCUUGGACGCGCUGCCGCUCUCCCUGCUCGCCUCCGCAGCGGACCCGCACAGCGAGGAGGGCGGCGGCAUGGCGGACGUGCUGGGAGUGCUGCCGCCCGCCUGCAGCUGCCUGCUGGACUGGCUACUCAACCUGCUCGUGGACGUGGUGGAGUGCCACCACCGCAACCACAUGGCCGCCAGGGCGCUCGCCCUUGUGUUCGCACCCAACCUCGUGCAGGUGAGCCCGUUCUGCCUGCCCUGCUUGCUGCUCCCUUCUUGCUCUUUCCCUCGUGGAUUUACCUUUUCUUUCCCGCUUGCUUAUUGUUUUUCUGUCUCCUCCUCCCUGCCGUCUCCCCUCCCCACCCCCCUGCCCACCCCUUCCCCACCCCAUCCCCUUCCCUCCCCUUUCCCCUGCCCUCCCCACCUUCUCCCCAACCAGGUGGGCGACCCCGCCGCCAGUCUCAAGCGAGCCAUGCUCUUCAUGAACCUCCUUCAUCGCAUGCACCCUCUCCCUCCUCGCCCCCUCUGGCCCCCCUUCCACCCCCCCGCUCUUCCUGCCCGCCCUCUCCCCACCUCCUCGCCCAGCAAGUGGGCGACCCCGCAGCCACCCGGCCGCUCUCUCAAGCGCGCCAUGCUGCUCAUGGACCUCCUAGAGGCCCUCAUCGCCCGCACCCUCUCACCACCCUCACACCACAUUCUGCCCGCCCCCUUCUUUCCCCCCCCCCACCUUCCUAAACCAGGUGGGCGACCCCGCCGCCAGCCUGAAGCGCACCAUGCUGCCCAUGGACCUCCUGGAAGCCCUCAUCGCCUGCACCUUCUUGCUACCCUCUCCUCCCCCUUCCCGUCCCCACCCCCCCUGCCCAACCUCUGCCCACCCCCCUCCCCUCCCCCUCCCCCACAUCAGGUGGGCGACCCUGCGGCCAGUCUAAAGCGAGCCAUGCUCCUAAUGGACCUUCUAGAAGCCCUCAUCGCGCGCAAGCACCGCCACCGCCAGCUCUUCGCGCACCACUGGCCGGGCGGGGGCGGCCGCGGGGGCGCGUCAGUGCUGUCAGCGUCUGCGUCAGCGAUGGAUGAGUCGGAGGACUGGGAGGACACGGAUUUGGACUCGUCUCUCAAUCUCUCGCUGCUCUCAGGGGCGCAUGGGGGGAUGGGCGGGUUGGGGGGGUUUGGAGGCGCAGCGGGAGGGGAGAGGCCGUUUGGGGCGGGUUCGAUUCGGAGUGGGGCCGGUGGUGGUGGUGGUGGUGGUGGUGGUGGUGGUGGUGGUGGUGGUGGUGGUGGUGGUGGUGCGUCGCUUGGGUCGGCGUCGGUUGUCCAUAGCCCGCGCACUGCGCUGAUGCUCAGAGCGCUGGCGGCGGCUGGGCUGGGCGUGGGGGGGAGGGCAGUGGGGGGCGGUGCGGGGGCAGGGAGAGUGAGGAAUCAGAGUGGGGAGUGGGAGAGUGAGAGUGUGGGAGUGCGGUCGGGGUAUUCGUCACCCUCCCCUGCAACGUGGAGGGGCGGGUUUGCUCUGAGGGCAGGGCGGUCGUGGGCUGUGGGCAGCGAUGGGGGGGAGGGGCUGGGGUCAAUCUCUGAGCUGUGCCCCCUAGAGGAUGGGGAGGAAGAUGGUGAGGAGGAUGGGGAGAGGGAUGGGGAGGGUGGUCGGAUGGAAGGAGGGUUGGAGAGUGAGGGUGUAGAGGGAAGAGAAUGGCUGGGUGGGAUGAGAAAGAGUGGGGAUGGGAUGGGGAGGAAUGGGGGGAGAGCGGGUGGAGGGGUGGAGGGAGUGGAGGGAUUGACAGGGGCGGCAGGGGAGGGGCGAGGGGGGGAUGGGCGGGGGGAUGGGCAUAGAGGAGAGGCGGGAAGUCGCUUGGCAGAGUGGCUGAGGAAUAUUGAUGAGGCUGUGGGGGAGGGGGAAGGGGACGAAGCAUUGGGGGAGGGGGAAGGGGACGAUGCAUUGGGGGAGGAGGAAGGGGGUGAAGCGGAGGGGGAGGGGGGAGGGGAAGAGCCAGAGGGGGAAGGAGAAGAGGACGAAGUGGAGGGGGAAGGGGAAGGGGACGACGGAGCGGAGGGGGAGGGGGAAGGGGAAGUAGCAGUUGAGGAAGAAGUAGAAGAAGCAGAAGAAGGGGAUGAGGACGAGGACUUGGAAACUGCAGGGACAGGCAUGGAUGAGUGUGUGGAGGAGGAAGAGGCAGAGGCAGCAGCAGAAGCCGCUGCAGCGGUGUCACCAACACUCGCAUGUGAUUUGCCGCUUGCAACAGAAGCUGUGUUGCCCCUGCCACAGGGGGCAGAUGCAUGCAGUGAUGCUGAUGGUGAUGAUGAUGGCACUGAUUGUGGAGAUGAGGAUGGGGAUGGCGAUGAGGAUGGCGAUGAGGGCAGUGGUUGCACUGAUGACGUGGAUGGUGCGGAAGCUGAUGAUAAUCACGCCACCUCUGCGUGGCCUCCAGGUGGCGCUGCCAUCACGGACAGCAUCGCUGCUGCUGAUGGUGAUUUAUGUUCCGAAGCAGAGGCCGAUACCAGUGCUCAUGCUCAUGCUCAUGCUCAUGCUCAUGCUCAUGGUGAAGUGGGUGAUGCCAACCGUCAAGUGGGUGCACCACACAGCACAGACCCUACUUAUGACCACACAGCUGACGCUCACAGUAACAGCACUCAUCCUGCCACCGACCCCACCACAGCUGCUUGCGAGCCCUCGAUGCAAAAGCAGGCUUCGGUUUUCGACUCCCUUUCAGACGCUCCUCCCCAGCUCUCCUCUUGCCAACCUCCAUUUCCUCCCUCCUCUCCUCCAUCUUCCACCCCGGCUGCCUCGCUCCUCCCUGCCACGGCUCUCUCUGCUCCACCCGCUGCUGCUGCAGACGCCACGCAGUGUGCUGCUGCACCUGCCUCUGCCUCCUUUCCCCUCCUUGCCGGCAUGCUCCUCGUACUCGCUGCCAUGCACACCGCCCCUCCCCUGGACCCCGCCCCACCAGCCUCAAUACCUCUUGUCCCCACUCCUGCCGCUUCUGCUACUGCUACUGCAGACGCUGCAGCGCCAUCCCAAGGCCCCACGGACCCUCCUCUUGCGCCCUCUCUGCCCCACCCCGCCUCCGCGGCCCCCUCUCCCGCCCCGGCUGUGCUAGAGCCAGGCCAGAAGACGGGUGCAGGGCGAGGCAAGGGCACAGCAGCAGCAGGCAGGGCGGGAGCAAAGGGCGCUCUAGAGGGGUUGGGCGAGGGGAAGAAGGUGGGUGGAGAGGGAUUGACGAAGGCAAAGGGCAGAGAGAGAGGCGGUGGAGGCGUGGCAGGUGCCGGGACGAAGAGGAGGACGGGUGGUGCUGGAAGGGCAGUGGGGGCUGGGGCGGAGGGGGAUGUUGGGGUGGUGGAGGAGCAAGGGGCGGAGGACAGGGCCUGCCUGGUCGAAUCGCUGGCAGAUGAGGGGCGGAGAUAUGGUGAGCAAGAGGCAAUGGUAAAGGAUAGGGCAACGGCAGCAGCAGAAGCGGAGAAGGCAGUAGGCAAGAGGACAGCAGCUGGCAAGGCAGCAACAGGCAAAGCAGCAGCAGCAGCAGGCAAGGCAGCAGCAGCAGGCAAGGCAGGGAAGAAGGUGGUGAGAAAGGGGAAGGGCAAGGCUGCCAAGGUUGCUGACAGGGCGAGAGCAGAGGCGGAGGCAAGGCGGGGCGCGGAGGGGAUGAGAGCAGGCGAGGGUGAGAGCAGCAGUGCAGUGGCGGCAGCGGGUGGCAGCACGGGUGCAGUGGCUGGUGGUGGUGGGGCGAGCAAGGGAGGGAAGACGAAGAAGAGUACAAGGAAGGGUGUCGCGGAGAUAGAAGAGAUAGAGGAGAUAGAGGUGGUGAUGGAGGAGGGAGGGGUGAAGCGGCACGGGCAACCCAAGCGUGCCUCCGCCGCCGCCACGGGUGCUUCUGCCGCUGCUGCUCCCAAGCCUCGCAAGCGACGUGAGGCAGCAGCAGCAGCAGUUAGUGGUGGUGGUGAUGCCACUGGCUGCACUGUUGCCCGCAGGGAGGUGGCAUCUGGGCAGGGCGUGCCUGUGAGGCGAGAGGCAGGUGGUGAGAGGAGCAGCAGGGAGGCAGAGGUGGGGAAGGGGAGGCUGCCUGGUGGGGGGUUGGAGGGGCGAGCUGCAAGGGGUGGUGGGGCAGCGAGGGGUGGUGCAAGAGCAGCAGGAAGGGAGGCGGCAAUGAGGGAGGCGUUGGGGAGGGAGCUGGCGUGGAUGCAGCGAGUGAGGGAGAUGCAGGGCGGGGAGUGGGACGAGCGCUGGCAGCGGUGGCUGCAGGAGAGCGAGGAGAGUAGGAGCGAAGGGGGGAGCCGGAGGGGGGGUGUCAGAGAGGGCGUGCAUGUGUUUGGCGAGGGGACUGCCGUGCGGGAGAGGAUUAGUGAGUGGGAGAGGGCUCUUGCACUUGCCCGCGCUGCUGUUGAUGCGGAGGGGAGGGCAGUGGGGGAGGCAGCAGGCGGCGGGGAAGCAGGAGUGGGGGAGGGAGGAAGGGUGGAAGCGGGGAGUGGUGGGAGGCGGGGUGGGAGUGGACAUGGGAAGCGGCACGAGGGGCAGCUGAGGCAGGCUGGUGAGGAGAAGGGCGGGGGUGAGAGGGGUGGGGAUGGGAGGGGAGGGGGUGAGAAGGGCGGGGAUGAGAGGGAAGGGGGUGAGAAGGGGGGGCAGCAGGGGGAGCAAGAGGAGAGCAGUGAGUUGUGGCGGUUUCAGCCGGCGUGUGUGCUGCCGCCACUCUCCUCUGCCCACCGCUCCCAUGGUGCUGCUGGUGCUGCCGCUGCUGCCGGUGGGGCCCGUUUUGCACCCCAUGCUCAUGCUCGUGCCUCCCUUGCACACGCACCGCCUGACUUUGAGCUGCUAGAGGAAACACCAAGGGGUGGGGAUAUGCGGCGACACUCUGAAAGCACGCCCGGUGGAGUCGAGGGCCGGACGACAGAGCAGGCACGGGAGCACGGCUCUAAGGUUCAUGGCCACGAGCAGAGCAGCAGUGCAGCACCUGACAGUUUGCUCCCUGCCCACCCCCCACCUGGCCAUCCACCUGGCCGUUCACCUGAGAAUCAGUGUGUGCCGCCCAGUUUUCCGGCUUCAGGUGGUGGAAAGGCAAAGGGGAAGAAAGGGGCGAAGGGAAUGGGCAAAGAGAAGGCGGGUUUGGCAGAGCAGCAUGGGGCUGGGGAUGGAGCUGAGGCGAGUGGAGGAGUGGAGGGGAGUGGGGGCAAGGGAGAGAAGGGGAGGAAGGGGAGAAAGAAGGCAAUGGCGGCAGCAGUGGUGGCGGAGAUGAGGAGGAGGAAGGGCGGAUGGGGGCCACAGGAAGAGGGGGAGGGAGACUUGGAGGGUGUGGAGAAAGCAGCGGGUUGUGAGGUAGCAGCAGGUGGGGCGGCGGUGGUGGGUGUGGUGGGCAGGAGUGCAGCAGGAGAGGAGCAGGUGGAGGUGAGGCCACAGGCAACUGCUGGGCAACCGAGUGAGAAGGAUGAGCAGGAGGGGGAGCAGAGCGAGCAGAGGGAGCAGUUGCAAUGCGAGGCUCCAGAGGUGGUUGGGCAGAGGAGCAUGGUUGGUGUAGGUGGCAGGGAUGGCGGCAUUGGGGAGGCUAAUAACAAAGGCAGGCGGUCAGGGGAGGGCUAUGGAGAUGGUACAGCCGGUGCUGUGGUGCCCUCUCUGCUCAUGCCCGGCCCCUCCUGCAUCGCCCCUUCCGCCCGGCCUCACUCCUCUGCUGCCGCUGCUUCCUCUCCCCGCCUGCACAACUCACCUGCCUCCUCCUCUCUUCCCUCUCCCUCCCUCCCCUCCCCCUCUGCCUCCCACUCCACUCGUCGCCGCCUCUCCUUUCAACCGCCCACCGCUGCCGCUGGGCCCCCACGUUCCUCCAUCCCCUCCCAUUCCUCCUUCCUUUUGCACUCCUCCAUUUCAUCCCAGUCAUCCCACACCCUCACUCCCUCUCACUCACACACUCCCUCUACCUCCUCGCUCAUAUCCUUCGCCUCUCCUCUCCCCUCCUCCACCCUCGCUCACCCCUCCUCCAGUCCCUCUGCUGACGCCCCUCUCUCCCACCUCCCUCCCCGCCCUUCCUCCCGCCGCCCUCCCCCCAUCCUCCCCCCUUCCCGCCGCCAUCCCUCCGCCCUCCUUAACAAUCUCACCCCGUCCUCCUCCCACUCCUCCCCCCAGCCAACCUCUUCCUCCCUCUCCUCCCCCCACCUUCGUCCCGUCCCCGCACCAUCUCUACCUCCCCGCAAGUACCCAUUCGCCCUGGGCGGCAGCAGCAGGGCGCUCUUGAGAGUGCCAUCUCCAGCCAAGGAGGCUGGUGAAGCGGGUCAACAACAGCUGCAGCACACCCCAGCCACCAGCAGCAGUGCCCUUGUUGCACCUGUCCCUGUCCCUGCACUUGCCACACCUGUCCCUGUCCCUGCCCUUGCUACAGCAGCCUCGCCCACCAAAGAAACACUUGUCCCCUGUCCUUCCUCUCAUGCAGCAGUUCCCUCUGCUGCCAAGAAGCCACCUUCACCAGAUAGAACCUCCCCUUUGGGUUCCCCUGCCAGGCACUCCGUGCAUACCAGUAGGGUCAGCCAGAUGCCACCUUCACCAGAUAGCCCCUCUCAACACAGAGCUUCCUCUCAAGCUGCUUCUGGCUCCCCUGCUUCUGCCGCUCCCCCUCAUUCGCCCUCCUGUCAUCGCACCGGCGCUGCCGCUCUUCCCGCCUUUAGGCAAGGAGUGGGCGCUGCGGAGGCGACUACCAUUCCCCUCCUCAUGCCCCCCUCUCGGGCAUACACCCACCGGUCCUUUCCUCCUCGUGCUAUUGCUGGUGGAUCGUUGAUGGCUAAUGAAGGCUCGUUGCGGGUUUCAUCGUUCCUAUCCUCCCCAAGCCAUCCCUCCGUCGCACUGCCCUCCUCCUCCCCCCUCCAUCCUUCCAACUCGAGUCUUGCUUCUCCAAGACAGCCCCCUACCUCAUCCCCAACCCCCCUCUCUCGCCCCUCCCUUCAGAAACAGCACUCCUUCCCUCCUUCCUCCACUGCCCACGCACGCCCGUCCUCGCCUCUCCCUCCUCCUCUUCCCGCAGAGCCCUCUCCUCGCCCCCCAAGCUCCCACCGUCCCGACUGCCACCCCGCCCUCUCCUCCUCUCCUUGCCUCACACCCUCUCUUUCUCGCGCCUCCCGCUCCUCCACGUCUUCCCGCUCCUCUGCCUCUCACGCUUGCUCCCCUCAUGCUUCCUCCUCUCAUGCUUCCUCCCCUCAUGCUUCCUCCCCUCGUCCUUCCUCCUCGCGUGCUUUCUCCUCUCAUGGUUCCUCCUCUCAUGCUUCUUCCUCUCAUUUCUCCUCCCCUCAUACUUCCUCCCCUCACGCUUCUUCCCCUCAUGCUUCCUCCUCUGACGCUUCCUCCUCCCAUGCUUCCUCCUCUCAUACUUCCUCCUCUCAUGCUUCCUCCUCUCAUCCUUCCUCCUCUCAUCCUUCCUCCUCUCAUGCUUCCUCCUCUUCCUCGCCUCCCUCUCGCGCCUCCACCUCUCUAUCCUCCCUGCCCUCCCUCCCUUCCCUCGGUUCCGAUAACACACAAUCGAUGGAACCACCACAGGAGCACCAGCAGGGGGGGGAUGGGUUAAUGGGUGCACAGGGGUCAGUGUUGCAGAUACGGGGAGGGGAUGGAGAAGCAAUAGGGCAGAGUGGUGCAGUAGGAAGUGGUGCGGUGAGAGGUGGUGGCGUGGGAGGUGGUGCAGUAGGAAGUGGGAAGGACAGGGGAGGGGCCAGAGAGGCAAGGCGGCGGCUGGAUGAGGAGGGCAGCAGCAGCUACAGCAGUCGGAACGCGGUGAUCAAGGGGGGAAGGAGAGGGGUGCGCGGAAUUGAGGUGGGGGAGAAGGCAAGGCAAAGGAGAGGAAACGUCAGGGCAGACGGGGAUGAGGAGGAGCAGAUGGGUAGAGGCAAGCCAUGGCACCGAGCUGCUGGCAGGGUGAGGGCUGAUGAGGCUGGGGAGGGAGGAGAGGGGCAGAAUACAGCUGCAGAAGAGACGGAGACACAUGGCUAUGGGGCGAAUGAUGGGGUGGAAGAAAAUGGGAGAGGGAAUGGAGGGAGAGCAGGGAACAGAGGGAACCAGGGGAGUGAUGGGGGAAAUUGGGCGAAUGGGGGGGAUGGGGGGUGUGUGACUUCCAGCAGCAGGAGGCACUUGCAGGGCGUGGAGAGCACACAUCAGAUCACAGGCGUUCAGCAGAUCACCGGCGUUCAGCAGAUCACAGGCGUUCAGCAAAUCACGGGCGUUCAGCAAAAUGCUUGUCAAGCCUCUGAUGCACGGAUCACACGCGACACAUGUAUGGCUGAUGUGGAUGGAAUGGAGGGUUCGGGGAUGAAAGGUGGUGAGAGGAGAGCCAGUGGGAGGAGGUGCGGUGCAGGUGAAGUGGAGAGUGGGGAGAUACAGCAUUGGCAUGCCAGUAGUGCAGGGCAUGGCAGUGCAGGGAGCAUGAUGAGGCAUGAAGGCGGAGAGAAGGGAGGCACAUGGAGCCCUGCAAGACGUGCAUCGCAGAGGGCCUCCCAGCCCCAAGGUGCAGCCUCCCAGCCCCAGGGUGGGCGUGCCAUGACUCACUGCAACUCUGUUGACUCGGACUCGCCUCACUCAUCUGGCCCGUCUGAACCAUUUGACUCCCAGACACGCACGCCUCGUGCGCCGGUCUGCACGCAACCCGUACGCUGCCCCGCGCGCGCCCCGUACGCUGCCCUGCGCGCGCCCCUUUUGCUGCCCCGCGCGCGCCCCGUACGCUGCCCCGUGCGCGCCCCGUUCACUGCCACGCGCAUGCCCCAUACGCUGUCCCGCGCGCGCCUUGUUCGCUGCCCCGCGCGCGCCCAGUUCGCUGCCCCGCGAGCGCCCCGUGCACUGCCUAGCGCGCACCCCGUACGCUGCCCAGCGCGCGCCCCGUUUGCUGCCCCGCGCGCGCCCCGUACGCUGCCCUGCGUGCGCCAUGUUUGCUGCCCCGCACGCGCCCUAUACGCUGCCCCGCGCGCGCCCCGUUCGCAGCCCCGCGUGUGCCCCGUACGCUGA